AUGCUGAGCCUGGGUACGGAGGUUGCAAUCGCCGCCUCGGGCGCGGCCGUCUUCGUCGUCUGCUCUGCUAUUGCUAUCGUCGUCUGGGUUAGGGUCCGCAAGGAGCGACUUGCACUGAGGGUGCUGAGUCUCAGACAUGGAAGAUUGACUCACAGUAUAGGCUAUACCCGGGACACGUUGACUGAACUAUCCCGGGAAGAAGACCUUGCUCUCAGAGCCCAUGGCAACCUCCCUUAUGGAAAGCCAAACGAAUGGGGUCUGGCAAACUCACGAGAACAACUCUUGCGACCGAAGAACGGAUCGGACUCAUCAUUUCCACUGAUGGAGAAAGCACGGUCACUUCGCCAUUCACUUUCGCGGUCUCGAUCAAAACGACUAUCAAGGUCUUCGCAAAGACAUAGCCGCAUGAGUUCGAUGGCUACCGUGGCUGAGACGGUCAUCCAUCAUACUCCUCCCAGGACCUCUCAGUCUAGAGAGGAUAUUCCUCUCUCUGCUGUUGAAGGGAUUCUUGAAUUGCCAGCUGAACAUACGCCUCGGCAAACCCCAGAUUUGACUCAUGAGGAGCCUGGAUUUCAUUUGGGAAUGCGGCCAGUAUCACCAUCAUCAGCCUGGCCACUGCCCUCUCAGAAGGACCGAUCGAGUCAGUUUCCAGUCUUGGAGAGUCGAAACUCGCAAGAAAUGUUCGAUCCUCCGCCGAGGAUCUUUGAAGAAUCGCCGCCACGGGGUCGAGGAGUGAGCGUCGCCAGUCAAUCACCAGGAAUGGCACCUGAUAAACCUAUCCCGCCGCCGCCAGCAACUGUCAUGCCACUAGAUAGGCUCAGCUACUUGAGGAACGACUCAAUUAUGCGUUUGUCUUCCAUGAGUCUCGACACCACAAAUAGCUCAAUUCUGGAGGAUAGCCGACAGGGUCCAGGAUCCCUUGAUACAAACAUCACUUCGCCAAACUUCCCAUCCGGCGGUACAUCUGUACCCUUCAGUGCAAACGAUGUUGGUGUGAAAAACGGCCGCAGGAGCUUCAUUGCAGCCAAUACAUCCAUGCCUCCUCUGCAUAACUUCCCCGUCCGCUCCUCCUCUACCGUUGAAGGACGCAGACGAUCAUCUAUAGAUCCCAUUGCUUCUCCCCGUCGCAGUAUGACGACCAACUCUCGAAAUCCAAGCUCUUCUAGUGAAAAUCGAUUCAGCUUUGUGCCAAUCCCGCGACGGCGUGAUUCGAUAGCAUCCAAUGGACCGCAAAGACAUGCAUCUUUGCGAAGUGGGACGCCUGUCUCGAUUAACAGUUAUCAAGGUGGCCCGACGAUCAACUGGCGACAUUCCAACUCUUCCUUGUCCUUUGUUCCGUACCUCGGCCAAUUCCAACAACCAGCUUACUGGGGAGGCGAGUAUGAGGCUGAUCCGUUCUACGGAAGCUCACCUCGAUCUAAUGGCACAUUGUUCUCCAUUGGAUCACCAGGACAGACUGUUGGCUCAAUGCCACCGAGCCCAAUGCAACGAUCUAGUCUAUCCCUCCGAGGUCAGCCUUUACCAUCUGCUCUAAAGGGCUCAAACUCGCAGCGAAAGGGGCACAGACGCCAGAAUUGCGUAAGGAUCUCAAUUCACCCGCCCAUGACAUUCGGUGGCCCUACAUUCUCCCCCACGGUAGAAGAAGAGCCAGAAGAUCUUGACGCAAUGGAGGAACUGGAUCUGCGUGAAAGUGCAAUCAACGGCAACUUCAAAUCACUACCUACUCUGCCUCCUCCCACGGCCUCCCCAUCCCCUCUUUCCAAGCGAAGCAGCCGACGAAGCAAGUCUGCGCAUAGCACACUGGGACCCCUGGCAGAAGAGCCUACAGCAUCAAGCAACAAGAGCACCCCAAAUAAAAAACAAGAUGUAACACCAUCCAACGACCUGUUCGGCAAAGAUCGUGACCUACAUGAACGUUUCACUUAUUUGCCUCCCGACGAAGACGAAGGUGUCCUCACACACACCCCCUCUCCUGAGCAUAAACUAAACUUCUGGGCAAUCCCCGAAGAAGGCCCCUCUCACUCCUACGAGAACCACUUUAAUGGCAGUCCCCGCCGAACCCCCCUCAAAGGCCCACGCAGCCAACCAGGCCGAAACGCCCGCAGCAAUUCAACCCCCAAACCAAUGGAUCCACUCCCGCUAAUGGGAAUCGGUCCAUCAACCGGUCUCCCGCUCAUAACAGGCACACAAGGAAGCGACUGGCGGAAAUCCACCGACUCAUUAUAUCGAACGAACACCGAUUCAAGUCCCCGACGGAAUCGCGAUUCCAAUGGCUCUCAAUCACUGGGUCUUAUUGGCCCAUCAAUACUACCUAAUACCUCCCGAGCACGGAGCGGGACUGUUAAGGACCGUGUUACUAUUUGGGAAGAUGCUAAUCGAAGUGGUUCACCUCCUAAACCUACUGCGGCUCAUAUGGCGGGUUAUGUGUUUUCGGAUACUAGCACUUCGCCCACUCGGUUGCAUAAUAGUAUUCCCAGAUCUCUUUCGAAGAGUGGACAUUCUCCUAUCCGCAUGGCCAGUCAUUCUUCUGCGAGACGUGGGUUGACAACUCCGACUAGGAAGGCGCUGGGUCUGGGGAUUGGUACACCAGGAAGCUUGUAUGAUGGUGAUGGAUUUCUGAAGGAGUAA